UGCGCCGACUUGCCUUUGACCAGCAGGACUCAGCGGAGACGCGCGGAGACGCACGGAGACUCGUGUCCUGACAGAGCGCGCGCACUCGGGCUGACUGGAUGUGAUGUACUGAGCGAGGACGUCUCUCUCUCUCUCUCUGUCUGUCUUUCUUUCUUUCUCCCUCUCUCUUUUUCUCUCGGCUUCCACAUCUUCAGGGAAACACACACCAGACCCUCUUUUUUUCUUUCUUUGUUUUAUAUAUAUAAUAUAUAUAUUUGGAUAAGGUUCCCUGGAAAUCCUCCGCAUCUCUCCUCCGUCUCAACAGCAGAACUUUCAGGCUCAUCUUUCUCUCAGCUCGCGCUCACGUCAAUGUUUACGGUGCACGCUGAGAAACACAACGCGUUCUGAUUCCCUGCUGAAGGAAAGGAUUUGCUUUGUGUUCUGAUCUGAGACCUGACCCUUCCAUCUUAGCCAUGGAGAACGCUCACAUCAAGAGCGUGGAGGAAGUUUACAGCUAUUUUAACGUGAACGAGAGCACGGGGCUGUCGCUGGAUCAAGUCAAACGCCAGAAAGAGAAGUGGGGUCCAAACGAAUUGCCUGCUGAAGAAGGAAAGUCAUUAUGGGAGUUGGUCAUUGAGCAGUUUGAGGAUUUACUUGUGCGGAUUCUCCUGCUUGCUGCUUGUAUUUCAUUUGUUUUAGCCUGGUUUGAGGAAGGCGAAGAGACGAUAACAGCUUUCGUGGAGCCUUUUGUAAUCCUAUUAAUUCUCAUAGCCAACGCCAUUGUCGGUGUGUGGCAGGAGCGUAACGCAGAAAAUGCCAUCGAGGCACUUAAAGAGUACGAGCCGGAGAUGGGGAAAGUCUACAGACAGGACAGGAAGACGGUGCAGAGGAUCAAGGCCAAAGACAUCGUCCCUGGGGACAUCGUGGAGGUAGCUGUGGGAGAUAAAGUGCCCGCAGACAUCCGUAUCUGUUCCAUCAAGUCCACCACGCUGAGAGUGGACCAGUCAAUCCUCACGGGCGAGUCUGUCUCCAUCAUUAAACACACGGACCCUGUUCCCGACCCGCGAGCUGUCAAUCAGGACAAGAAGAACAUGCUGUUCUCUGGUACCAACAUUGCAGCAGGUAAAGCCGUGGGCGUGGUGGUGGCCACAGGUGUGAACACAGAGAUCGGCAAGAUCCGCGAUCAGAUGGCAUCCACAGAGCAGGAGAGGACGCCACUGCAGCAGAAGCUGGACGAGUUUGGCGAGCAGCUUUCCAAAGUCAUCUCGCUCAUCUGUAUCGCCGUGUGGAUCAUCAACAUUGGCCACUUCAAUGACCCGGUGCAUGGCGGCUCCUGGAUUCGUGGAGCCAUCUACUACUUCAAAAUUGCUGUGGCUUUAGCUGUGGCUGCAAUCCCUGAGGGUCUGCCCGCUGUCAUCACUACCUGUCUGGCACUGGGCACACGCCGCAUGGCUAAGAAAAACGCCAUUGUGCGCUCACUACCAUCUGUGGAGACUCUGGGGUGCACAUCGGUCAUCUGCUCUGAUAAAACUGGCACCCUAACUACCAACCAGAUGUCUGUGUGCAGGAUGUUCAUCUUAGACAAAGCAGAAAGUGAGAGCUGUUCUCUGACUGAGUUCACCAUUUCUGGAUCAACCUAUGCACCUGAAGGAGAAGUAUAUCUGGAUAACCGACCAGUGAAGUGCUCUGGCUACGAUGGUCUAGUGGAGAUAGCCACUAUCUGUGCUCUGUGUAACGACUCCUCGCUGGACUUUAAUGAGUCCAAAGGUGUGUAUGAGAAGGUGGGAGAGGCCACAGAGACUGCUCUGACCUGCCUGGCGGAAAAGAUGAACGUGUUUGAUACAGAUGUCAGGAACCUGUCCAAGAUUGAGAGAGCUAAUGCCUGCAACUCGGUUAUCAAACAGCUAAUGAAGAAGGAGUUCACUUUGGAGUUUUCUCGGGACAGAAAGUCCAUGUCUGUAUACUGCACCCCCAGCAAGGGCAGGUCCACCACCAGCAAGAUGUUUGUUAAGGGAGCCCCAGAGGGAGUGAUUGACAGGUGUUCAUAUGUACGUGUGGGAGCCACUCGUGUGCCUAUGACUCAGGGUAUUAAAGAUAAGAUCAUGUCUGUGAUCAGAGAGUACGGCACUGGACGGGACACGCUGCGUUGCCUGGCACUGGCUACCCGGGACAACCCGCUCAGGAAGGACGAGAUGGUUCUGUCUGAAACAGCACGCUUCGCUGAGUAUGAGUCUGACCUGACAUUCGUGGGCUGCGUGGGCAUGCUGGAUCCUCCCCGGACCGAGGUGGCUGCCUCCAUCAAGUUGUGUCGUCAUGCCGGUAUCCGAGUCAUUAUGAUCACAGGAGAUAACAAAGGCACGGCUGUGGCCAUCUGCAGGCGCAUCGGCAUCUUCUCCGAGGAUGAUGAUGUACAGGGCAUGGCUUUCACGGGCCGUGAGUUUGACGAUCUUUCCCCCAACUCACAGCGCGAUGCUGUCAUGGUUGCUCGCUGCUUUGCCCGUGUCGAACCCUCUCACAAGUCUAAGAUCGUGGAGUUUCUCCAGGGCUUCAAUGAGAUCACUGCAAUGACGGGAGAUGGGGUGAACGAUGCCCCUGCCCUGAAGAAGGCAGAGAUCGGCAUCGCCAUGGGCUCUGGCACCGCUGUGGCCAAGACAGCCUCGGAAAUGGUCCUCGCUGACGACAACUUCUCCACCAUCGUAGCCGCUGUUGAAGAAGGUCGAGCCAUUUACAACAACAUGAAGCAGUUCAUCCGCUACCUCAUCUCCUCUAACAUCGGGGAGGUCGUCUGUAUCUUUCUGACUGCAGCACUGGGCUUCCCUGAGGCUCUGAUCCCAGUGCAGCUGUUGUGGGUAAACCUGGUGACAGACGGCUUGCCUGCCACUGCGCUUGGCUUUAAUCCCCCUGACCUGGACAUUAUGAACAAACCUCCCCGCAAUGCCAAGGAGCCUCUGAUUUCCGGCUGGCUCUUUUUUAGAUACCUCGCCAUUGGCUGCUAUGUGGGAGCUGCUACAGUAGGAGCUGCAGCCUGGUGGUUCAUCGUGGCUGAUGAUGGCCCUCAGAUCACCCUCUACCAGCUGAGCCACUUCCUGCAGUGUUCUCCUGACCAUCCUGACUUUCAAGAUCUGGAGUGCCACAUGUUUGAAUCGCCGUACCCCAUGACCAUGGCGCUGUCUGUCCUCGUCACCAUCGAGAUGUGCAACGCUCUCAACAGUCUGUCGGAGAACCAGUCUCUUCUGCGCAUGCCUCCGUGGGAGAACGUGUGGCUGCUGGGAGCCAUUUGCCUCUCCAUGUCCCUGCAUUUCCUCAUCCUCUACGUCGAACCGUUGCCGGUCAUCUUCCAGAUCACUCCUCUGAACCUGAACCAGUGGAUGAUGGUGCUGAAGAUCUCCAUACCUGUCAUCCUGCUGGAUGAGCUGCUCAAGUUCGUGGCGAGGAACUACCUGGAGCCGGGUAAAGAUUUAGCCGCUGGGGAGCAGCAAGAGAGCUGGAGCGUGUCUGCAUGCAUCCAGGACAUCUCCUGGCCCUUCAUAGCUCUGAGUCUCCCCCUGGUGGUGUGGCUGUACAGCACGGACACUAACACGAGCCGCUCGUUGGAGUCCUCCUGACUGAGCGCUCACUGACUGCGAGCUGCUGUGACGCUAACACAAAACCACCACUUAUUAACCCAGAACCACCAUUAACCCAGUCCAGGAGAACGUUUGCACAGGAAUCUGUAUGUUUGCUGUUUUUAUAUAAUUAGCUCUAAGAUUGAUGACAUAUUAUUCAUUGUUGUAACUGUUCCAUUUUAAAGCACACAUGAGUUGUUUAUAUAUAUAUAUUACAGUUAUAUUAUUAAGAGAUGUUAUAAGCAGUCAGUGGAUUUAAUAUAUUUAUUAGCUUAUUUUUAAGGGGCAUGGACCCAUGGUCCUCGUCGUCCUCACGAUGAAUCAGGACAGUGUGUGUAGUCAUGGCAACAACUUUCAUUGUAUAGCAGAUUAUAUUGUUUUAUAAAUCACCCCAUUCUAACUGAUCAUAUUUUGAAGUACUUGUUUUUAAACCAAUGGUUACAUUCUGCAUUUGGCAGAAUUCAGCUACCUCACUUCCACUGUUGUCCAGAUCAUUUGAACCUUGGUUUUACUUUAUUUGAAUUUUUUUUUUAAUCAGAAAACCAGCAUAGAAUAUCUUUAAAGGGGCAGUUUGAAUUUAAUUCAUUUUUAAUUCAUCGCAAUGAAAACCCUGAUAUGCCUUUUUCAUAGCAACACACACACACACACACACACACACACACACACACACACACACACACACACACACACACACACACACACACACAAUCUCUAUUAUGAUUGGGAAGGGAGCUCAUUUCCGGGCCAGGAAAAGUACAAUAAUAUGUAAAACCGAGUCUUGUCUUUUCCAGGACAGCGUCAGAAUCAUAUUUUACAUCCAGGGUAGCUUUAAUAUGAUUAUUAGAUAUUCAGACACACUUUUAAAUAUUACAGACUGCACCUUUAAAGAUGAAAAAAGUUGAAAAAGGAACUGGUUUGUCUCCAAGCCGUGAUAAAAUUCUGAUGAGUUAAUUAGGAGGAUGAAGAAUGGUCUGUAAUCUGUUUAUUUGGACACAGUUUGGAGUAUUUUUAUUUUCCGUGACCUGUGUAAGGUUGUGCAAAACAUGCACAAUGCUAUGGCUUUACAUGUACAUGUUUGUGUAUGUGCGGCAUAUGUGAGCAUAUUGUGUGUGUUGGUGUGUGUGUGUGCGCGUUUGUGGCAUGUUGGGUGUGUUGGUGUCUGUGUGUGGUGUGUGCAUGCAUGUUGUGUAUGUAUGUUUGUGUGUGCGUGCAUGUUGUGUGUUGCGUUGUGUGUGUGUGUGUGUGUGUGUGUGUGUGUGUGUGUGUGUUGUUUGUACCUACAGCACAGAUGUCUCUCAUAAGUUUGAGAGUUUUCAGAUCGUUUUUAAUAACUCUACAUGAUAAAGAUAGAUGUCAAAUCAGUCAAACGUCAAAGCAGUCGGCUCGUCGUUUGACAGCCUGCUUCACUCAAUAUGUGGCUUUUAAUAAUAAUAAUACUUUUUCUUGUACUUAUUUUUUCUCCCAUUGCUUUACUCUGAGUGUGAAAACAGAACUGUAACCUCCUGCUCCUGCGUCGUCUCCCCCCGUCAAGAUGACACUCUUCCUAACACUGCAAGCUGCAUUGUCUUUAAUCAUCUAAUCACACAACCUUGAGCGGGUUUUUGAGCGUGUUGCCAGGUCUGCACUAAAAACUCCAAACAUUGAAUUAGAAACUGUAUCGAUCUGUAACCAAAGUUACAGCGAACACGGAGAAAGAUAUUGUAGAACUUACAAAGUAACACCAUACACUUUAAAGUAAACAGAAAUUAGACCAUUUUAUAAAGAGUUCUUUCAGUACGUUUCUUAAACACAUAAAUAAGAAUAACAAGAGUAAACCAAUUGGGAUUUCUGGUCAUUUGCUAAUUGGGUUUAUAUAUAAUGGAUAGUUGCAUUGUUACUUGUAUGUGUAUGUGAGACUGGGUCCUGUGGCAGGCAGCUUGUCCAGGAUGUCCCUUACCUUGUGCCCCGAGUCCCGAGGAGAAGGAUAAUCAGAAAAGAAAAUAGAUGUAUGGAUGAAUUUAAUGUGGUGGAACAUCUGUAUAACGAGGCAGUUCAAAGUACUCUGCAACACUGAAAGCUUCUUUCAUAAAUGAUAAAAAAAUCUCCAUACAAUAAGCUUUUAAUGCUUUAAGCUUAAAGCAUUCACUUUUUUGUUAGAUUCAAAUGAUGUCUGUCACACGUCAAGUCCCUGUGUACGUCGUCGUUACUCUUGAAAUGCUCAUGGAUCAGAACAAGAGCCUUAACUGAACAGAAGCUUUUAUAAAUCAAAAUAAAUCAUCCUUCUGACCAAUCAGAAUUGAGAAUUCAAUGAUAUUCGCAUUUACAUUUAUAGCAUUUGGUAAAGUACAUUUUUUUCUCAUUUUAUAGAAUUGAGCAAUUGAGAGUUAAGGGCCUUGCUCAGGGGCCCAGCAGGGCCAGCUUAGUGGACCAGGGAUUCAGUAGUCCAACACCUUAGCCACUAAGCUACCAUGUCAUUUAACUACUUAACCCACUGCUGAGUUCCAGGAAAACUGCAGACCUGGCAACCCUUUUAGAGAACUUAACAUUAUGAAAAUAUAUAUGUUAAUAACUUAAGCCACAUAAUGAAAAAUGGUGUUUAUAUAAGCAGCACAUUUGAUAAAUCUUGCAUAAGUCUUUUACUAAAAUCUUUUUUGUUUUAAAAUGAUCAGGCUUUUGAUAAUCUUUCCUUUUCUCUGUCUCUUUCCUUCCUCAGCACGGGCCCUGUAAGCCUGGCCUGCUUCUCAGUAAUCCUUGCAGAAGCUGUAAAGGUUUUGUUAGUUUAGCUCGUGUGUUUUGAGCAAAAACCACAUCGUUCAUGACCUGCAUGCCAACCGUGCCAAGUGCCAACAAGAAAAAACGUUAAAUGAGUGAAAGGUUCUAGGAUAAAGAGACAAAAUUGAGUGAAAUGUUAAGGCAGAUCAGGGUGCAUGCCCCUUUAAGCUACUCAAUCAUGAUGCUGGUAAAAUGAUACGCUUUUGUAUAGCACAGCCACACUUAAUUUAAAUGUAUGUAUUUAAAUACAAGCUGGCAUUAGUGACUGGCACCUGUUAUUUUUUUUUAUUAUUAUUUUUGCAAAAGGAUUGUUUUAUUUUGUGAGACGUGUAGAUCAACCAGAUGAUUAUCGCUUCGCACAGUGAUGUGCGUCCUGUUUAAGAGCAGAUGAGUUUCAGCAUAGAGGAGUGUGAUGGGGAAAUACAGCGGGUUUUGUUCCAGUGACGACUACAGGCAAGACUCUGCUCAACCAGUGUCAAAUAUUGUAAACAAACAUCGCAAUGACUUGUGGUUAAUAAAAUGAUACAUGACA